CUUCAAAUAAGACGUUCGUUGGACUAAAUAAUAAAAUAGAUAUGGGUGAUGAAGAAGAUCCAUGGGCAAUCGAUGAGUCGACAGAAACAAAUGAACCUCAGACGGAAACAUCACAACAAGAUACAUUAGCUAGUCAAACAGAAGGGGUUACAUCUGAUCAAACGGACAAUAAAGAAAACGCAGAAGAUGAUUUGGCACCACCACCACCACCUCCAGAAGAUGAUGGUUAUAGAAAACCGGUUCAAUUGUAUAGACAUUGGGUUAGGCCAAAAUUCCUCCAAUACAAAUACAUGUAUAACUAUAGAACAAAUUAUUAUGAUGAUGUUAUUGAUUACUUAGAUAAAAAACAAGUUGGAGUACCAAGAGAUAUACCAAGAGCUCAAACUUGGGCGGAACGUGUUUUAAGAACCAGUUAUUCCAGCGGACGAGGUUUUGACUCAUACGAAUCAUCAAUAAAAAGAGACAAGCACCUGAUUCAAACUUUAGCUGCAUCUAUUCGGCCUCACAAUUAUCAUACAAAAGCCUAUAUCAAUCAAAAGUAUGCAAAAGUUCUUUAAUAACUUGAAGUGGCAGUAUUUAUUAGAACAAUUUAAAUAUAAGGUGUAACUCAAUAUGUACGAAUUUAUGUCUUUAUCUGGAAACUCAUAUUAUGAAUAAAUAUUGAUAAAAAGUAUUCUAAAGUAAA